AUGGCAAUGGGAGAAGAAGUGGCAACUAGUAACAAAGUGUAUAGCGGCAGUAAUAGAGCCAGUUUGGCCAAGUUUUGGCCCACCAGGCUAAAAAGCAAGGGGUGCUGGAGAAACAUUUUCAUCAAAUAUCCAUCUACGUGCUAUCGAACUAUAUGCUCAGAUCCUUGUGAUUCCCACCCUUGCCAGAAUGGGGGCACUUGCAUUCUAAAGGGAUUAGAAGGCUACCACUGUGUCUGUCCAGUGAAAUUUGGAGGAGAUUCCAACUGUGCACCAAAUAUAAAUACGGAAUGCAGUGUGGACCUUCUUUUUUUGGUGGAUAGUUCAUCCAGCACUACUCUUGAAGGCUUCUUGCAUUAUAAAGCUUUCCUGAAAAAGUUUCUCCAUGUAGUGUGGAAUACAGAAACUCUGCAAAAUGUGGCCCUGGCCCAUUAUAGCAAUGAUGUCAAGAUGAUUGUCCAAAUUGGGGAUUACAGAGAUAUGUUCAGUCUGGUGAAGAUCAUUGAUUCCAUGGAAUUCAUUGGAGGAAACACUUUGACCGGCAAAGCUUUACGAUUUAUUACACAACAAGGCUUUAAGCGUCCACCAGUGUUUUCUGAUGUUCCUGAAGAUCUUCCCCAUGUUGUCGUAUUGCUCACAGAUUCAAAAGCUGAGGAUUCAGUAGUAGAAGCAGCUAAAUUCAGUAGGAAAGAAGGCAUUUCUAUCAUUGCAAUUGGCAGUGAAGUUUUAAGAAGAGAAUUGGAUGAGAUUACAGGGAAUCCAAAGCGGACAAUUAUCUACUCCACCACUCAAGAUCUAGUCAAUAAAAUUACUGAAUUACAGAGAAAAAUCUGCAGCAUUGAUAACCAAGGCUGCCUAUCUCAGCCCCUGGAUUUGGUCUUUGCUCUGGAUUCUUCAGCUUCAACUGGAAGGUUUAACUUUGCCCAGAUGAAAAACUUUGUCAGCAGUCUCUCUUCCCACUUUGGCAUCAAUAGGGAUGUAACGCAAGUCAGCCUUGUUGUCUUUGGGAAAAGGCCUCAAACAGUAUUUGGACUAGAUACACAUGUUACUAGUUCAGCUCUACUGGAGGCCAUCAAACAAGCUCCCUUUACGGGUGGCUCUGCCUCAGUUGGAAGUGCCUUGCUUCAUAUUCAUGAUGAUGUCACAGUUGUCCAAAAAGGAGCAAGGCCUGGUGUGAAAAAAGUUGUGGUAGUUCUCACAAGUGGAGCUGGAGUUGAGGAUGCCGUAGUCCCUGCCCAACAGCUACGCGGUAAUGAUGUAUCACUUCUUAUCAUUGUGAAAGAAAGUGUACAAAUGGACCUUUUGUUGAGGAUUGCAGGCUCUUCUAACAGUUUGGUGAGGAUUUCUUCUUAUGAAGAUCUCAGACAUAAGAAAGACUUUAUCAUGGAAAAAUUGUGUGAUGAAGCCAAAAUGCCAGUAAAUAUCUGCAAACCUAACCCCUGCAUGAAUUCUGGAAUUUGUAUCCCUAAAAAUGACAAUUACUGGUGUCAGUGCCAAGGCUGGGAAGGAUUUCAUUGUGAAAACAGAAUUCGAAGCAGGGACACUUCACAAUCAUGGAAACAUCCUGCAAUGAUCCAUACUCAUUUAAAUUGAGGUGGUUGGGGCAGCUAUACAGAAUUCAUCAGUAUUAAAAGAAGAAGACGACGACGACACAUGGACUAGAUGCACUAAAAUGGACAAAAGAACUUUUGCCUUUAGUUACUGAAAGGGAAGCGAAAUAUACAUUUGCAAGCAGUACGCUGUUUCUAAGCUCAAAAGUUUUGCACAAAAGUAUCUUAUUGUAAUUGAAAAUAAGGUGACUAAUAAUCUAGCAUAUUUUAUAUUGCAUAUUUAUGUUUGAUAUACAAUUUUUUCAUCAUUACCUCUAUAUAAUGAUUGCCAUAAAUCAAAGGUUUAACUGUAGUACAACUUGACAAACUCUGACAUGGCUUACA